AUGUCAAGAAUUCCGUCUGCGUCAGAGAAUACCCUGUCGGAUUCCUUGGUGACACCUCCUGCUGCAUCUGCCCAACAUGAUUGCUCUGGGGAGCCCGAUCGUCCCCAUGGCAAGCAGCGGCGCCACCACAACCACAACCACAACCACACCCACCACCACCACCACCACCACCAUCACCCCCGAGACCAGCUCAUACAUGAAGAUAUCCAACAAGCUCCCUCUCCGUCCCGCGCCGAAUCUCCUACGGCUCGUCAAUGGGCCAAACCGUCGUCUGCCUUCCCUCUAAAAAGGUCGUCGGUCACCUCGCCUGAAAAGCUCGCCCGUCCGGAUCUGUCUCAUAGCCCCCAGUUGUCUGAGCGAGAUAGCAUUUUCGCAACCCAUUAUCUACCCUCUGAUAACGAUUCCAACGCCACACCGCAACUUCCGGCCGUGGAGGACAUAAACAAUGAGCCGCCGAACAAUUUGAACCUUGAACCAGAAAAUGUGUCUGCUGCUCCUGCCAUUUCUUCUUCCAAGGUUCUCCCCCAUGGUAGUCUCGUCGACUGCUCCCACAUGGAAGUUGACGCCCGCAGAAACCAUUCUUUGCGUUCGCCACCAUUGCUCCCGCCGGCGAUCCCUUCGCAUCCUUCACCUUUAGCUGCGAUCGGCCCCAACCAAAGUCCGGAGAAAUGCUCCGAGAUAGCGGACGAAAAGUCGCGAGUGGUUCCUGUUUGGGAGAGUCUAUCACCCCUUCGCAAGUUUUCGUCUGAUGGCGCGGGUGCCAAGCCCUCUGUUGAGGGGUCGCAGCCCCGUCGCAGUCUAAUCUCUGCCUCUCUCAGUGAUGCCUCCCUACUUUCGCCUCAACCAAUGGUCCCCCCGUUCGAUACCCAUCCUUCCCCAGCCUCUACCUGGGACCCGGCUGCCCAGCAGUCGUCCGAACAAGGCUCUGGGGACCAUGUGCCCGAGGUGAAAGUCGAGCGAAGUUCGAGCCGGAGUCGGCGUGGUCGGGUAGAUCACUCCAUCGAGGCGAACCUCGCCAAUGCGGAGCCGGCUUCUCAUGUGCGCAGCCGUAAGUCAAGUCAUUAUCUGGGGUUAUUCAAGGAGAAUACUACUUCACCGGACCGCAAGCGAAGAGAAGACCGAGGAAGAAAGCAUGAUGAGCAACAGCCAGAGUCGCAGGAUAAACAGGUUGCGGUCGUGCACUCGGAGCCGCGCCCUGUUCUGGAACGGUCGGACAUGCAGCCCCAGCUCCCGCAAUUAGUAGAGGAUCAUGGCCUGCGCAGCUCCAAGAGUCUGUCCCAGCUGUCGUUCACCGACGUUCCGAUCAUGACUCCCACUGCGGAUAUCGCAUCAGACUCGCAGCAGUCUGCCGUCGACGAUGUUUCCAAACGUCCGCAUAAAGCCCUCCCUCGCAGCUUGCUUGAGGAAAUCCGAAACUUCCAUCUCACUCCGGGCGGUGCACGCGGUACUUCGUUCUCGAGCAGCAUCCCCACGCAGUACGCGGAAAGAGCCAGAGACUACCUCUCUUCUAAGAAUCCUGCGCUUUUGAGCGGUCUUUCGCCGUUGUCGGAUACCGAUCAAGAACAGCGACGUGGCUCGGCUCAGUUCGAGGACGACGAAGACGAACAGAUUUCGUCGGCCGUAUACUUCCCCCAUGAACGCGUCACUGUUUCUGAUGAAGUUGACCAAGUGCAACCCUUCCCGCAAGGUCAACACGAUAUAGAAACAUUUGAUGUGCCGACGAAGAGUAGCCACGUUCUAGUGCCCAAGAGACAUAAAGUAUCUGACGAGCAGGAGGCCCAUCAUGUUGAUAUAUCUCUUCGAUCUAAAAAUGAGAGUAAAUACCUGCACGGCGAUCUACAAGACAUACAGGCUCCGCCACUAGAAGAACUAAAUGAAAAGUCUCUUAGUGUGAUUUCGGAACGCAGCGCCGAAUCCUGCGAAUCGGAUGUGUCUCUGGAAGAUACUGGUGGAUUGUCUGCUCCGGAUGAGGAGUCGAGCGUGACGGAUGAUGCGGAUAUGACACCGACAGCCACACCAACUCAGCGCCAACGGUUUUCGCGCCCGCGCCGCAAGGAUGACUCCGGCGCUCCUCUCGGGGCAGUGGAAUUGAAGCCUUACCGACAUCAAGUGGGUGGCCACACGACUGUCUUCCGGUUCUCAAGGCGUGCGGUGUGUAAACAGCUGAAUAACAGAGAAAAUGAGUUUUAUGAGCGCAUCGAACGCCGACAUCCUGAAAUGCUCAUGUUUCUACCAAGGUAUAUUGGUGUACUCAAUGUGACUUUCUCCAAGAUGCCGAAGCGCAGCAAGACGGAUCAGGAGACCCAGACCAAGCAUAAUGACACCAAUGGACGCGCCGCAAGCCAUUCGAGUGAUGUGAAGGGCAAUGAAUCUCUAUCUGUCAGUGAAGUGCGAGUGCCGGAUGUCGUGGACCAACCUCGCAUUGUCAGCCAAAGCCAGGUAACCGGAAUCAUUCCAAAGGUGAUUUUGGAGAACAACCGCCACAUCAUUCCUGCCGAUCUCUUUUCACGCUCGCAGAGGCCGAAAACCUCUGACGGCACGAUGUCUACCAGAAACGGUGCCGGAUCUAUCGGUGGCGAUCGAACACUGCUGAGUGGCUCUAUAGAUGACGAGACAUCUAUCCAGGCCAUCAAGAAACCUAAAAUUAGCUGGGGUGCUACUACUGUGAAUAGGAAGCUGCAGGAACAAGUCUUGCGAGAGGUCUUCAGUCCGCCUGCCAUUCACCACCACCGGCGUCAUGCUCGAGGCCAUUUCGCGUUGCCGAGAACGUCUUCGGAUGGUGUCCGACGAAGGGCGAAUCUUUCGGAGGACCAGACCGCCAGUAGCCGUCGCAAUGCACCGGUACCCACAGAACCACCGCGUUCUGCAGCCAUCGACAUUGCAAAACAAUCCAACGAUGGCCCAGGUCUGUCCUCGUCGGCGUCUACCGCGCUAGACUCGAAUCAGAACCGUCUUGAGAAAGUUCGAACGGAAGAAUCUCAGCCGCGCUCAAACUCGGUGUCUCGGACUCGCCAGGUCAGACGACGCCAUUCUGGCAGCGGUUUGCAGAGACGGGGGAGCAUGAGUCCUGCCAACGAUGGUGGCACCGGCGGAGAACUGAUGUUUUUCGAAGAUGAAGGGUAUGGUGGCGAUAAGGAGGAUGGUAUAUUCUCCAUGGAGGGUGAUGCUUCGAUGCCGUCUGUGGAUCCUUCCUACCAUGCGAAAGUGCCGCCAACAUCUACCCCGAAAAAUAGCACCAAUGGGAUCUUGCAUCUGUCAAGCCAGCCGAGAGAUCCUUCGCCUUCGAAAGAGAUCACCCCUGUUGCAAGAAAAGAAGACAACCGCUUUCGGCUUCCCACCAACCCUAAAGAGGCCCAAACUCGGAAUGACGAAAGAGUCCAGUUCUUCCUCUUGCUGGAAGAUCUUACUGCUGGCAUGAACAAGCCAUGCGUGCUGGAUUUGAAGAUGGGCACUCGUCAGUACGGCAUCGAAGCGAACGAGAAGAAGAAGAAGUCUCAGCGACGGAAAUGUCAGUCCACAACUUCUCAGCAGCUUGGGGUCCGACUCUGCGGCAUGCAGACCUGGAAUGUGAAAAAGCAGGAGUACUCCUUUGAAGAUAAAUACUUCGGUCGAGAUUUGAAAUCCGGACGAGAGUUCCAAGACGCUCUGACGCGAUUUCUUUACGAUGGCAGUAGUUACACAAGCGUGGCAAGGAAGAUCCCCGUAAUCUUGGAGAAGCUGGCCACGCUGGAAAACAUGAUCCGGCGACUCCGGCGAUACCGUCUUUACGCCAGCAGUCUUCUGAUCCUCUAUGAUGGUGAACAAAACACGCCCGACGGUGAUGCUCGUGUUGACAGUCAACGACAUUCUCCCCAGCGUCGGGCCACGGACGAUGGUCAUAAUAACAUUGACGUGCAACUAAAGAUUGUCGAUUUCGCAAAUUGCGUAACGGGUGAGGAUGGAAUCCCCCCGGAUACGCCUUGCCCGCCAAAGCACCCGGAUGAUAUUGACCGCGGCUACCUUCGUGGACUUCGCACGUUGCGGAUGUACUUCCAACGAAUUAUGAAGGAGGUUAGCCAAGACGAAUUCAUCGAGAGGGGUGAAGGCGAGGCCAUUGCCUUGAGGUCCCAGGUGUCAGGUCACGACAACCCUACAGAUCGAUACUGGGACGAAGGAGUGAUGGAGAGUGAUCCUGGCGAAGUCAGUUUCUAG